AUGAAAGCUAUCCUCAUAUUGGGAUUGUUAGUUUUUGGAAUUACUGCGGUUGAAUUAGAAGCAGGAGUGCCAAUUUUACUAAAAGAGAUCAAAGCAAUCAAGACUGAUCAUACUGAUUUCACAUUUUUAUUAGAUUUGGAACUCAGUCAAGGAGGCAAGGUUUCUGAAGUAGUUGCUUUGGUUGGUGAUUUGUUAGAGUAAAUGAAGAGAGAUCAAUUAAAUGAUGAUCUUGAAUAUGCUCAUGUAAAUAAUUGAAGAAGUAUAUUUGUUUAGAGAACAACUACCCUUGGAUUGGAUAUCGAAUGGCUUAUUAUUGUUUUAAGAAAUCUCACAAAGGAGAGACAGGAUAAAAAUAAUUAGUUGAGUGAAGUCAAUCAAGUUCUAGUUGGAUUAUAAUUGUAAUUGGAUGCACUUACAGAAUAAUUGAAUAUUUUGAAUGGAAAGGAGGAGCAACUCAGAUAAACAAGAGCUGAAGAAGCCGCUUCAUAUUAGGCUAGAUAGGAGAACAAUGGCAAAGUGUUGGCAGCUUUAAAUGAAAUAAUUCCAAAAUUAUAAGUUGCAGUGUUUGAUCAAGAUGGAAAAUCAUUAUUACAAACAGAAUAAUUCGAGAUUGUUGAAAAGAUCAAGAGAGAAUUGGGCCACAAUCAUCCAAUUGCAAUCAUGGUUUCAUUGACAACAAAAUUCGAUGUUUCAACAGUCAAAAGAAUCAUAGACAAAUUGGAACAUAUCAGAAAUGCAGUAAUUGCCUUGAUGUAAUAGGAAGACGAACAAGAGACUUAAAGUUAGGUAUGAUAUUGAAUUUAGCAAUUUAAGAUCACUUUCUAAACCCAAAUUCAAGAGGUUGCUGAAUUAAGAGAGAAAUUCUCCAAGGACUUUGAAGUCACCUCACAAUUAAUCAAGAAGAGAACCAAUGAUAAAGUAAAUGAUGAAUUGAUAAAUAGGUGCUUCUAGAGAAAAGAUUGACCAUAAUUAAUAGAGAUCUGAGUUUGACUGAACAAUUACUUAUUUAGACCAGAGAAUACAAAGAAUAAUACGAUGCUGCCUAUGCUGUCAGAAAAGGAAAAAGGUAUGGAGUCAAUCUUAUGUUUUAGAAUUUCUGAAAUCAAAACAGUGUAAUAGGCUUACGAUUUGGUGGACAAUCAUGCUAGGAAACACAAGUGAUGAU